AUGGUCUGUGGAGACGAGCAGCUGCCUCCUCUGCUCUGCUGCCAUCAAAGGCCAGGAUCUGUCGACAGGAGCGUUCUGCAGAGGGACAACCGACGUCAGUCUCUGCAGAGGGACAACCGACGUCGGUCUCUGCAGAGGGACAACCGACGUCAGUCUCUGCAGAGGGACAACCGACGUCAGUCUCUGCAGAGGGACAACCGACCUCUUCAAACCGCCUGGACUUUAUUAAAGUUACAGUCAGUCUGUCUCCUCAUUUUGACCCCCUGCUGUUUGUUUGUUUGUUUGUUUGUUGUUUGUGUAGAUCUGUCAGAGAAGAAGAGCGACCUGAGGGUUUGUGACGACUCCUCCUGCAGAUAUGGAGGCGUCUGCAGGGACGACGGGGCUCAGCUCAGAUGUGUCUGUCAGUUCCAGUGCCACAAAAACUACAACCCGGUGUGCGGUUCUAACGGAGACACGUACCAGAACGAGUGCUACCGGCGGCAGGCCUCCUGCAAGCAGCAGAGACUGAUCUCCAGGAGCCACGACGGGCCCUGCUCCUCCGAUCCUGGUUCUGGUUCCGGAGACGGAGACGAUGACGAAGGCUCGGGCUCCGACGUUGGGAAGAAGUUCACCAAAUGCAGCACGUGUAAAUACGGAGCGGAGUGUGACGAAGACUCGGAGGACGUCUGGUGCAUAUGUAACAUUGACUGCAGCGGGCACAAUGAGAACCCGGUCUGUGCCACUGAUGGAAACUCCUACAACAACCCGUGUCUGGUGCGGGAGGCUUCGUGCAUGAAGCAGGAGCAGAUCGACGUCAAACACCUGGGCAGAUGUUUAGCUGAUAAAGAAAAACUGGGCAGGAAAGACGACAGCGUCCCGUUCAAAGUGAACGUCUUGGAAACCACCGGUCUUGAUCACGGAGAGGGCUUCUACGCCGGGCUGCCCGUCCCCUGCGCCGACAGCUACGCCGGCUUCUGUGUUCACGGGAAAUGUGAGAUCAAGUACAACAUGGCCACCUGCAGGUGUGAUGCGGGCUACAAAGGUCCUCAGUGUGACGAGCCUCUGGACUUCAACGUCCUCUACGUGGUCCCCAGUGGACAGAAGCUGCACUACGUCCUCAUCGCCGCCAUCAUCGGCGCCGUGCAGAUCGCCAUCAUCGUCGCUGUGGUGAUGUGCAUCACAAGAAAAUGUCCAAAAAACACCCGAGGUCGCCGGCAGAAACAGAACCUGGGCCACUUCUCGUCGGACACCAACUCCAGGAUGGUAUAGCCUCGUGGUGUUGGCUGAAGAUCCUUCUUGAUCAAGUUCGUUCUCAUCGAGAGGGAACGUCAUUUUUUUAACAGCAACUCGUUCGUUUUAAUAUCUGAGCAUUUGGUCCAAGGCGAGCGGAAUAUUUAUUUACGAGGCCUUAUUUUUCCUCUUCUAAUGGAAUUCUGGCGCAUUUAUUCUGCGCAGCUGUAAUUUAAUCCUCGUCAGUCCAGAAGAAGGAGAAGGUGAAUCCAGGACCCGCUGACGCUGGAUGAACUACGGAAGCCCAUCGCUGCCACCUAAGACAUGUCGAGAUGCGUCGUAAUUAUGAGACUCUAUGAAAGUUUUUGAUUACAAGAUAAAAUAAUUAACGUUAGAAAAAUCACUUUGAAAAUUUUAAAAUACAACGUAAAGUCCAAAUCAUGUUUU